UUCUUCUGCAUUUAUAUCCUCGUCUUGCAGCGCCGUGCAGACAUAAAGUAGUCACCUGUAGUAUCUGUCACGUGACCUCAUUAACUUGCCCUGACCCUCGCAAAGUCUACUGCUGUAUCGAACUCCAGGCCCGGUAUUAUUGUUCGCAGCAUUUCUCCUACUUUAUUGAAUCUGAUCAAUUCACGAAGAGGACUCGCAGCAAGAAUGCCUUCUUCGUAUGCGGUAGGAAGCACGGUGGCUAUCCAGCCACUGCUGGAGAAGCUCUCGUCCGAGGACUCGGAUUACCGAUUCAUGUCGCUUUCCGAUUUGCAUGGAAUACUCGCAAACAAGACGGUCUCGCUCGCAAACGACUCUGUCAGCACAAUCAAUCGCAUCAUUGAUGGUGUGCUCAAGAGCUUGAGUGAUAACAAUGCCGAAGUGCAGAACUUGGCCGUGAAAUGUCUUGCGCCUCUAGUUUCUCGUGUCAAUGAAACGCAGCUAGCAAACAUUCUCAACCGACUCUCAGCCGUGGCCCCCUCCGACUCGGAUCGCUCGCUCAACAGCACCGCGCUGCGCACAAUCAUCAGCAACGUCCCGGCCACCGCCUCGACCGGCAAAAUGUUCGUCGCCCGCCUUCUGCACACCCUUCUUCCCAACCUGCGCAACUCGACCGAAAGCGUCGAGGUCCUAGUCGAGCUCGUCAACCGGUUCGGCUCCUCGCUCACCGAGGCUCAGAUCGAGGAGACGCAGAACGCGCUCAUCGGCGUCUUCGAGACUGGUAAAGGUCUUGUGCGCAAGCGCGCGGUCUCGGCCCUCGGUGCUUUAUCGCGACACCUGCCAACGCCGCUGUGGGAAAACAUGGUGCUCUAUCUCACAUCGUCGUUCGCGAGCUCUGCGUCUCCUGAUCGACUUCGUAUUCUUGUGCUAGUCUGCGGUACGCUCUGCAGAGCUGAUCGUGCGCGUCUGGGCCCCUAUCUGCCAAAGCUGGCGCCUAGCGUUUUCAAAGCGUUGGAGGUUGAUGACGAUGAUCUACGAGAGGCGGCUCUCAGUGCUCUUGAUACAUUCGUCGUUCUUUGCCCGCUUCAAAUGGCGCAGUUCAACGAAGAGGUCGUGGCCGCCGGCUCUAAAUUCAUCAAGUACGACCCCAACUAUGCCGCCGACGAGGACGAGGAGAUGGUUGAUGGGGAUGAUGCUAGCGACUUGAGUGACGAGGACAAUGAAGAUGACGACGCCGGUAGUUUCGACGACGACUACGGCGACGAAUUUUCCGACGACGACGACGUAAGCUGGAAACUCCGCCGUGGCGCCGCCAAGCUUCUCGCCUCUCUAAUUCCGACUUUGGAUCCCGAGGCGUUUGCAAAGUUCUACGGAUCCGUGGCGCAGCUGCUUGUCUCGCGCUUCUCUGAGCGCGAGGAUACCGUGCGCAUCGAAGUGAUUAGCGCGUUUGCGGUGCUCGUCAGCCAGACUGCGCGAUACACCCUCCCGCGCACGUCCUCGCCGAACCCGUCGCUUCCGUUGAAGCGCAGUAUAGAUGAUGUCGAAGACAUGAUUGUCGACGGCAACGACUCCUCGGCCGAGUCUGGCGGUGACCCGCGCGUCAGGCUGACCAAGCUCUCGGGACGCGUGUUUAAGCUUCUCGCGCGCCAUUUGCAGAAAACGCCAAACUUGAGCACGAAGCAGGCUUGCUUGACCGUUGCCACGGAGUUGAUGACCGUUCUCGCGAGCCUGCCGACUGAGUUUGGUGCGUUUGUGCCCGCGCUCGAGCAGUCGAUGGCGCAGACUGCGCUGCGAAUGGAUGUCAUUAAGUUUAUCGAGACCGCUGCAGUUGCUCAUGGCGCGCGCGGAAUCGACGGGCUCGAGGAGUAUUUGCCAAAGCUCGUUUCGAUCGUACUGACGGCUGCCGACGACAAGUUCUACAAGAUUGCGUCGGAAGCUCUGUUUGUUGCUAACGCGCUCGUCAAGACGCUCGCUCUGGAGAGCAGUAGUAGUCCUGCGUUUGCGCAGUGCCUGGAUCAGAUUCAUGAGGUCGCGGUUCAAAAAGCUACAGGAUCUGAGAUCGAUCUGGUCGUGCGCGAAAACGCGAUCUUGAGCGUGGUGAGCAUGAUGACUCUUGCGCGCGGCUCUUUGUCUGCGUCAGAGUUUGCGACGGACUCGGCCAUGCUGUUUGACCGGCUCAAGAACGAGACCACGCGACAGGUUGCCAUCGGCGCGAUUGAGAAAGUUUUCGAGGCGCCGAGUAUCACUGUCGCGGAUUUCAGCGAGGAGUGGGUGACGAACGUUGCCGGCGAGCUCGCGUCGCUGCUGCGGAAGGCGGAUCGCGAGCUGCGCAUGUCUGCGCUUACGACUCUCAAGGUUGUGAUUGAGAAAUUUGCGGCGAGUGUCUCGACCGAGACUGUGGUGUUGACUGUGAAUAUCCUGCUGGGAGUGUUGAUGGAGGAGAAUCUGCAGUUUCUGGCGCCGUCGCUCGCGAUCUUGGCUACUCUUGUCCCGAGGGUCGACGUCGGACUGCAGACCGAGAACUGUAAUUCGGCGAUCGAGCUCGUGUCGAAGCAAAUCUCUGCGUCGGCUGUGAAGCCACUGCUCUCGCUUCUUGACGUUUUGUCAAAGUGCGGUCACGCCAAGACGCUCUUCAGUCGACUUAACCAGGGCGAGCUGAUGCUGACAGUCAUGGGCGCGAAAGCACUUGCUGUCGUGAUUGUCUCUGGCGGCCUGGAGGCGGAGCAAGUACCGCGCCUCAAGAGCGUGAUUGGCAGUCCGGACGCUAGUGCUGAUAGUGUGCGCGGCGUGCUGAUGGUGUUGGGCGAGAUUGUUGCGGUGAAGGGCGAUAGUGGUUCUGCUGAUCUUGUGCCGAUUGAUUUGCUGUUUGGUUGCUUUUCUGACCAGCGCGACGAGGUGCGCGUUACAGCUGCACAGACUCUGGGUGUCGUUGCCGCACGACACGUUUCUGAGUUUUUGCCGGUGAUUCUCGAAAGGCUUGUUCUAGAGCCAGGAAGUGUCACCGCGCGAUUGCUAGUCAUUGCGUUGAACGAGGUCACUGUCUUCUGCGGCGCUAUGAACGAGGAUGAAUCCGGAGCGCUGAGCAGCCGGAACGCCGAAAAGGCGAGCGCGCUCGCGGCCUACGCGCCCAAGAUCUGGACCAGUUUGUUUUCACUGGACCUGGGCUCGUCCGAGACAGCGUCGGCUGCGAACGAGAAGGACAGCGUGAAGACGGUUAUUGGCGAGUGCGUAGGCCGGCUCGCGCUGAUGUCGCCCAAGAAGUUCAUUCCGGAUCUGCAGUCGCGUCUGGUGAACGGCGAUGCGCAGACGCGGAGUAUCGUAAUCUCAGCCGUGCGGUUCAUUUUCAGCCAGCCAAAGUCGAGCUCGGUCGAGCUGGUGCCGAAGAUGUCUGAGUACCUGCGUCCGCUGGUGGGCGACUUCUUUGCGUUGCUCGAGGAUCCGGAUCUGGAUAAUCGCCGGUUGGUGGUGACUGCUGUUGCUGCGGUGGCGAGGAAUUAUCCCAGCUUCCUGGCGACGACGCUGGCGCAUGUGCUUGAGCUGCUGUUUGCGAAUACGGUGCCGCAGGAGGGUCUUAUCAGAGAAGUCCAGAUGGGUCCGUUCAAGCACAAGGUCGACGACGGGCUUGACGUGCGCAAGGCAGCGUACGACUCGAUCUACGCGAUCUUGCUGGCGUACACGGAGAUUGGCGACGAUCUCGGGACAAAGGUCGCAAAGGACGAUUUGAAGCUCGAUAAGACGGUUGAGCGGGCGAUGGAUGGGUUGAAGGAUGAUCAUGAUAUCAAGGUUGUUAGCUGUUUGAUGCUCGGACGAGUUGCGCAUCUUGAUUACCGCGUGAUUAUCUCUCACCUCGACGAUCUCGCGAAAGCAUUCACGGCAACGCUAACAAUCAAGCUAAAAGACAACACAAUCAAGCAAGAAAUCGAAAAGACCGGCGAACUCCAGCGCCGCGUGGCGGCCACUACGCGCGCGAUCCAAACCGCUUUGGACGCAGGCGAUGGUGAUGGAGGCAGCGGUAGUGUGCUUAAUGUGGCGUGGGAAAAGUAUUUGAAGGAGGUGUUUGCUGGGUUUAGUGCUGGGGCGGGCGAGCAGGCGGGUGCGAGUGCGGGGCGGCGCUGAGUGUGGUUUAUAUAUGGAGAUGAUUGUUUAGAGAGUAUAAAUAUAAUCUGCUUUGUUUUUAUUUAUUACCUCUGUUUUGCGAGUAUUGCUUAGUUUGGAGAUUGUACGCAUUGUUCACUGUCGAAAUAGUAAAAUAGUGAAAUUGAAGAAGAGCUGCGGCGCAGGAAGAGUCGAG